AUGAUCGUGGACCAAGAGACAAUUUCAGAGGGUUUUGUGCAUCAUCAAGCCUCAAAUGAGGGUACCUUUGUUCCCGACUCAAUUAAGCGAAAAGAUCAAGAUUUUGAGUAUAGAUGCGAUCAUUUGUUCUUUGACAUGAUUGAGAAUGUAAUCUUGCCAAGACAUGCAUUUUACCAGAAAGCUCAACCCAGCCUCCAUGUUCUCCUGUCCAGAAUCCAGCCCUUCCACAUGACAUAUUUGGAGGGAAGAAUUAGAUGCAGAAGUCAAAACCUGAAGUUCCUAGACUCCCAUUUUGUAUGGUAUCAUAGAGUCAACUUGCAGCAGACAACUUCAACUAUCUUCGAUGGUUAA